CUGGUCCUGAACACUCUGUGAGACACACACACUGCUCUGAGACCAGGAGGAGGCUGCUGCUAGCGUCAGAUGAAGAUGGAUUUAAAUAGCAUCAUAGAGCAAAUGGAGACCGGAGAGCAGGACUCAGCUCUGACGGCUCUGCAGAGCUACAACCAGGAGAUGAACCACUGCUUCACAUUCAACAAGGAAGACGAGCAGGACAGAAAGGUCCUGGGGGAGUUGGUGCUGGGGUUCCUGAACCGGGACCUGCAGCCCUCCUGUCACCUGGCCUGUCUGGAAACAGUCCGGAUCCUGUCCAGGGACCCUCUCUGCCUGGACCCCUUCACCAGCCGCUCUGCCAUGUCCACUCUGGCCCGCUUCGCCGGCAUCGCCGUGUCCAGUCCUGGGGGGGCCCACAACCAGGGGGAGGAGGGCCAAGCUGAGGGUGAGGAAGGAGAGAGGGGAGAGGCAGCAGAGGAAUGCAAUGAAGAGGGGAAGGAAGCCUCCCCCCCUUCAGAAAACGCUGACCAGGAAGUGAUUACUGAGGCUCUGAAGUCCAUCUGUAACCUGCUGCUGCACAACCAAACAGGACAGGUGGUCGCAGCAGAUCUCCAGCUGAUAAAGGGCGUGGCAGAGAGGCUGAAGCAGUGUCAUGAUCCCAUCUGGAACCAUGAGGUGCGUUUCUUUGACCUGCGCCUCACCUUCCUGCUGACGGCCCUGAGAGUGGACGUCCGGGCGCAGCUGGUCCAGGAGCUCCACGGCAUCAGUCUGCUAGGCAACCAGUUGGAAGCCACGCUGGGUCUGUGUUGGCCGGACACAUUGGAGACGGCCAGGGCGGGCUUUGAGGGCGUCCCCCUCGAAGAGCUGCCCCCCCUGAGCCGGCAGCCGACAGAACGGGCCAUGGAAAUACUGAAAAUACUCUUCAAUAUCACAUUUGACACCAACAGACGCAAGGUUGACGAGGGGGACGCAGCAGAGUACAGACAUGUGGGGGCCAUCCUGAGACACUGUCUGCUGAGCCAGGCCGAGGGAGAGGAGCGCAAUGAGGAGUUCCACAGCCAUACUGUUAACCUGCUAGGAAACCUCCCUCUGCCCUGUCUGGAUGUUCUGCUGGUGCCUAAAGUGCAGCAGGGCUCUAUUGAGUACAUGGGGGUCAACAUGGAUGCUGUCAACAUGCUGCUGGAGUUCAUGGAGAGUAGACUUGACCAGGGGCUUAAGCUGAAGGAGACCCUCCUCCCAUCCCUGAACCUGCUGACUGAGAGUGCCCGAAUCCACCGAGAGACCAGGAAGUUCCUCAGGUCAAAGGUGUUACCCCCACUGCGUGACGUGAAGACCAAGCCCGAGGUGGGCAAUGCUCUGAGGAACAAGCUGGUGCGCAUUAUGACGCACAUUGACACCGACGUCAAGGACUGUGGAGCUGAAUUCCUGUUUGUUCUCUGCAAAGAAAAUGUUUCAAGGUUCAUUAAGUACACAGGAUACGGGAAUGCUGCCGGUCUGCUGGCUGCCAGAGGACUGCUGAGGGGGGCCAGAGACUCUGGGAUCUACUCUGAGGAUGAAGAGUCUGAGACAGAAGAGUAUAAAGAGGCCAAGGCCCAUAUUAACCCGGUGACAGGAGUGGUGGAGGAGAAUCAGCCCGAUCCCAUGGAGGGGAUGACAGAGGAGCAGAAAGAAAUUGAAGCCAUGAAGCUGGUCAGCAUGUUUGACAGACUGUCCAGGAACAACCUGAUCCAGCCCAUGCAGCUCGGUAUGGACGGGACGAUGAGAGAGAUUGCUCCGGAGGAUCUGCACAAAAUGGCUCACAAUCCUUUGUUCCAGCAAGAACAGUUGGAUAAUUCAGACAGUGAACCUGAAGCUUAGAAACAUACAGUAGACACAGAUUGAAUUCCUGUAACAAUCAUGGAAGACUGUCUCUUUAUUUUUUAUUUUCACAUCACACGAUCCAACUUGUUCCUGUUUACGUAUUCUAUUGAGAGGGUAAUCAGGAAGAAAUGGGAUUUGGAAGCUUCUUUUAAUGUGUGCUAUCACUUUCCAAUUAGUACCAUCAGUUUGUAGAUUUGUUUGCUUCCUCCCAGUCAUUGGUUUUAGUUUACGUUCAUAAAACCAACCUGCUUGUGGGGCGCUAGGAGCACUAACAACCCAAAAGAUUUUAAAGCAUUAAAACAGAUAUUACACAUCUCUACACCGUGGAAUCACAUCCGCACAUUUGUAACAUUUGACAUGAGCUUGGCUUAUUAAUACAUUUGUUUAAGGACGGUUUCAUGAAGGUUUGUAACAUGUGAACGUGUUCUUCAGUCACAGACAAUCUCCAAGAUGCUCAUUCUUUUUAUUGACAAUGAUGUAAUGGUUUAUAAACUCGAGGCAGCAUGUGUCAACAAUAAGUGGAAAAUCUUGGAGAUAUCACUUUAAAUAGUUUGCAUUUAGAACCUGUUACCACAAAUGAUUUGAGGUUGAACAAUAUGGAAUAUGUGUAGUGUUGGAGCUAUUCGUGAUUUGAUGGAGAUGUUUAUCAUUUCUACCUUUCAGCCAAAGAGCUGUACUCCGGUGACGAUGGUUCCACUGUAUUUUUUAACUUUAGAUGCCUGCUGUUUUUGCAAAAAAGGGGUUUUAUUUUUAGAUGUCAAACUGCAGACAAAAGGUUAUAAGAGUGAUAAUGAAAUUGUUUUAUUUGAAGAAAUCCUAAAAUCUAUCAACAACUUAUAUUAAAUGUUUAUUUCUUUAUAUUGUAUAGCUGUCAACUCUGUUAUAG